CCAGCCGCGCGCGACUCCGGGCCAAAAACGCAGCAUUCACAUCGCAGCGCUGGUGGCGGACGACUGGCGCCGUGCCUGAACCGUUGCAGACCGAGAGCUGUGGCAGAGGAGCUCCUGAGGGACCGCACACAAAGCCGCCGCCUUCACAGCCGUGCAGCACACGCGCACGCCGCAACAGCUGCACCAAGAUGCCCCUCACCCUCUACGAGGCCGUGGCGACGGCGCUCCUCUGCGCGUCGUGCUGCUCGUGGAUUUUGUUGGAUGCGGCGUCGAUCCACGUGCUGCUCGGCAAGGCGCGCCUCUACGCGUCCGGCUUCCUCCUCAUGUUUGUUGGCAGAGACAAGCGCUGGCGGAGGAAACCGCCCUCCCAAAGCGACGUGCAGGCCCAGACCGCGACGAAGAGCAAGAAACUCCUGUUCUUGAGACACGGCGAAAGCGAGUGGAACCUCGUCUUCAACAAGGGGCCCAAGCCCCUCAUCCCCUUCAAGCUCGUCGCCGCGUUGUUGCGGGAGCUAAGGAUGCUGGUCGCGCUCGACCCGGGGUCGGUGCUUUUCGACUCUCCCCUUAAUAUGGAAGGCCUGGAGCAGGCGCAGGAGUUGGCACGAGCCUUGAAGGGCGACGGGCCCUUGGACGGCGGCGACGCGGCCGACGCGGAGGCGUUGCGGGGCGGCGGGUCCGCGGUCAUAUGUUCCUCAAAUAUGAGAAGAGCGCUCCAGACGGCGGCCGUGGCCUUCCAGCGGCCGCAGCCGCCGCCGCGCAUUCAUAUACUAAGCUGCCUCCAGGAGAUCUCGACGAACGUGGACACCGUCGCGCUCGCGGCGCCCGGCGAGGCGCCUCUACUCCCGCGCGUGCCGCCGGACCUGAGCUUCCCGAAGCGCUUCGACGCGUCGCGGAACGCGGGCACGAAGCCGCUGCGGGGCCACGGCGGCGAGCGGCUCAAAGCUUUUUGUGAUUGGGCCAUGGCGCGGCCCGAGGCGACGGUCGUCGUCGCCGGCCACUCGCUCUGGUUCCAGUCGUUCUUCCGCGAGUACCUGCCCGCCGAGGCGGAGCACGACGGGAAGCGCUUCAAGGUCGCGAACGGCGGCGUCGUGGCGUGCGUCCUCGAGCGCGGGUCGGUGGACUUCGUGCGGCCCGAGUCCAUCAAGGCGGUGCACAAGGGGUUCGACCUGAAGAAGAAGAAGGUCGCGUAGUGUAAGGUCUAGUUUAG